AUGUCUUCCCAAUCAAACGACGGCGACGAAGACGACAUCGCCAAGGCUAUCAGACGGUUGAUCACCAUCUGCAACCACCUCUUCGAAGACGACGGCAGUGACUCGGCCAUGGACGACAACCAGUACGACAACUUCAUUGCCGCCCUGCAGCCGAACGAGACUGAGACGGAGCCAUUCUCAACGCACGAAGAGCUCGUGAACGAAUACAGGUCCUUCGCCCAAUCAGUCCAAACGCACCAAGACGUUGUGAAUGAAUUCAGGUCCUUCUCCGAAUCAAUUCAAACGCACGAAGAGGUCGUGAACGAAUUCAUGUCUUUUGUCCAGUGGAACUAUGCGAACUACAACGACGUCUUCGGAGACAGUGGUGACUCAGACGACAUGGGCUACUGCAGUAACACCACGGUCCUUGCCCCGGUGGUUAUAGUGGCCUUCGUGGAGGGUACGUUCUGGGUUGUUGCUUGGUGGUUGAUCAGUCUGUAG